GCCGCCAAGUCACGGACGGCGUUACGCCGGAGCUAUAAAAAAGGAAGCCUUCUCUGUUUCGGAGCAAGCGAGGCGAGGGGGCUCUCUCUCAUCGAGAGCUUCCGGGGUAUGGCGAUUUCCGUUUCUCGUCUUGUUUAAUUCUAUGUUUUUUCCUCAAUUCUUCUAUGUGAGAAAGAAAUCGUUUGUGGAGGUGGAUCGUGUUCGAAAAAUCCUUUGAUUUCGUGUGUUUCUUUUGUUGUGGGCGGCUAUUUCGACGGUUUUCUUCGUGCAUUUGGAUUUUUCUAGGGUUUCUGUUUGUUGUUUCUUCGGUUCCUCUUUCGGGAAGGGUUUCUCUCGGCGAAAAUUGGCUGUUUUCAGGUGGCCUUGUUCUCCGUUUGUAGAUUUCUUUAGUUUUUUAGGGGAAUCCUCUGAUGUUAUUGAGAUGGCCUUUGUUAUUCAUGCCGGAAAUGUGAAAAGCAGAUGUUCUGGUGAGAAAGAAUUGACAAUGGGAGAUCAUCUGGUGGUGAAUGCUGACCGUCUCGUGAAGACUGAAACUGUUGAAUCUCAGGCAAGGAAGACUUCAGAGUCUUCUGGAGAAGAUGUACAUGUUUCACUUCCAUCUGUGGCUUCCUCUUCGGUGGUAGUUUCUGUUGGCGAUGAGGGGAAGGAGUACUCAGGUGCUGAGGAAGAGGAGCCACUCAUUCAGACGGUGGAGUGCCGCAUUUGCCAGGAGGAGGACCAUGUUAAAAACCUGGAGAUACCGUGUGCAUGCAGUGGAAGUCUGAAGUAUGCUCAUAGAACAUGUGUACAACGGUGGUGCAAUGAGAAAGGAGAUAUAACCUGUGAGAUUUGUCAUGAGCAAUACAAUCCUGGGUACACUGCACCUCCCCGAGCUAACCCAGAUGAGACCAUCAUUGACAUCAGGGGAGGUUGGACUAUUACAGGCACCCCAUUGGAUCUGCGUGAUCCUCGGCUCCUUGCGGUGGCUGCAGCACAACGCCGUUUUCUUGAAGCUGAGUAUGAUGAAUAUUCUGCUACAAAUGCCAGUGGUGCUGCAUUUUGCCGCUCUGCUGCUCUAAUUUUAAUGGCUCUUCUGCUGUUGAGGCAUGCACUCACCUUCACCAAUGGUGAUGGAGAUGAUGAUGCUUCCACAGUUUUUUCUCAGCUUUUCAUGCUGCGUGCCGCGGGGUUCCUGUUGCCAUGCUAUAUCAUGGCAUGGGCUGUAAGUAUUCUGCAGCGUCGAAGGCAGAGACAG